AUGAAGAGAAAACGUACUCCAAAUGAAAUGCAAAACAUUACUAGCUUCUUUGCUAAAAAGAAUACUACUCCAACUUCUCUUCCACAUCCAACACAAAAUGAACAAACUAUAACUCCACCUCAAGAAAGUGAACAACUUUCAUCUCCAUCUCAUUAUUCAACUCAAAAUUCCCCUCAAAAUGAACAAGGCCAAUGUUCUCCUAAUGCCCCAAUCUUUGGAGAAAGAUUAAGUGAACAUGAAUUUGCUAAUCUUCCACAAGAUCCAGGAAAGAGGAGAAAAAUGAGUCAAUUUCAUAAAGAUGAUAGAGAUUUAGUGAGAAGAAUUUACAUUCAAAGAAAGCCUUGUCAGCCCAAAGACUUUACAUUUCCUCAAACUUCUAUUUUUGGCAAAAAUCGUCGCUUUUGUGCUAAGUGGUUUGAUACUUGGACUUGGCUUGAGUAUAGUGUGGAAAAGGAUGCUGCCUAUUGUUUCCCUUGUUAUCUAUUCAAGGAUGAAAAUGCCUUUGGAGGUGAUGCUUUUGUUAGUGAUGGUUUCAAAUCAUGGAAUCGAUCGGAUUUAAUAAGAAAACAUGUCGGUAAACACUUGAGUGCACAUAAUAAUGAUGUUUUAGCUAUGGAUUUGUUCAAGAAACAAAAUUCAAGCAUCACACAAGCCUUGACAAAACAAACCGCUGAGAGUACAAAUGCAUAUAGGACGCGACUUGAAGCUUCAAUUGAAUCUAUCCAAUGGCUUUUACUACAAGGGUUGCCUUUCCGUGGUCAUGAUGAAAAAGAAAGUUCCUUAAGAAGAGGUAACUUUCUUUCACUUUUAUCCCUUAUUUCCAAAGGUAAUCCUGAAUAUUCUAAAGUUGUUUUCAAAAAUGCUCCUAGUAAUUGUCAACUUACUUCUCCUAAAGUCCAAAAAGAUAUCAUAAAUGCAUGUGCAAAAGAGACCACUAAAGCAAUGCUUGAAGAUAUUGAUGGUGGUUUGUUUUCUAUCCUUGCUGAUGAGUCCGCUGAUGUUUCUGACAAGGAACAAUUGGCUCUUUGUUUGAGAUAUGUUAAUAGAAAGGGAGAAGUGUGUGAGCGUUUACUUGGUAUUGUGCAUGUUGUAAACACUGCUUCUUUGACUCUCAAAACUGCUAUUGAAUCCUUAUUAAUGGAGCAUUCUUUGUCUUUCUCUCAAGUACGGGGUCAGGGUUAUGAUGGGGCAAGUAAUAUGCAAGGUUCUAUUAAUGGCCUUAGGAUUCUUAUAGAGAAUGAGUGUAAAGAAGCUUAUUUUGUCCACUGCUUUGCUCACCAACUUCAAUUAACUCAAGUUGCACUUGCUAAAAAGAAUUCAGAUUGUGCUUGGUUAUUUGUUGAUGUACUUGCACCUCUCUUGAAUUUUGUGGGGGGUUCACCAAAAAGGAAAGAUUUUCUUCGUGAAAAUCAAGCUCAAAGAGUGGUGGAUGCAUUGUCUCUAGGUGAACUUGAAACGGGUUCAGGUUUAAAUCAAGAACGUGGAUUAGGUAGACCUUGUGAUACUCGUUGGGGAUCUCACUUCAAGACAAUCUUGAAUGUACUUGAUUUAUUCCCUGUAAUCCUUGGUUCUCUUGAGGAUAUUGCAAAAGUAUCUGAUACAAUAGAUUCUAAUAGAGCUCAAACACUUACAAAUCUUCUGAUGUCCUUUGAUUUUGUGUUCGUGGCACACUUGAUGGUUAGUAUAUUUGCGAUAACAAAUGCUUUGAAUGUGGCCUUACAAAAGCACGAUCAAGACAUUGUGAAUGCAAUGGCCAUGGUUAAUGUAACCAAGACUAAUUUGCAAAAAAUGAGAGAUGAAGGAUGGGAUUCUCAUAUGGAAAAGGUAAUUUCUUUUAUUGGUGACUAUGACAUUGCAGUUCCAGAUAUGGAGGCUAAAUAUGUUGUUCCCGGGAGGAGGUUGUUUAGAGGUAAAUGCCCACAAGUGUCUAAUCUACAUCAUUUUCAAGUUGAAGUUUUUUUUGGUGUCAUUGAUGUUCAAUUGCAAGAACUUGAAAAUCGAUUUCCCGAAAUAACUAAAGAACUACUUGUGUGUAUGUCUUGUUUGAGUCCUGUGGAUCGUUUUUCUAAGUUUGAUAAGGAAAAAUUGAUUAAGCUUGCAAAAUUCUAUCCUAAUGAAUUUCCAAGUUCAGAAUUGAUAGUCUUUGGUCAUACACUUGAGAGUUACAUUUGUUCUGUUAGAGGAGAUGAAAGGUUUUGGAAUUUGAAGGGUCUUAGUGAUCUUUCAAUCAAAUUGGUUGAAACGGGAUUGUCUGAAACUCAUGAUAGGGUCUAUUUACUUUUGAAGUUGGUGUUGCUUCUUCCUGUUGCAACGACAAGUGUGGAAAGGUUAGAAUUUUGGACAAAAUGUCGACCUUACACAAUAUAUGUGCCUGUGUCUCAUUUAUGGUACCAACAGUCCUACAGCUAUCAUAGUUUAUAA